UAUUUUUUACAUAGGAAGUACUUGUGUAGAUUAAAUUUGUGCUCUAUUUAUUUAUUUACUUAUUUAUUUAAUCUGCUAAAUUGAAAAUGUCAUUGCAUUUUUGUUUGCAACAUAAAUAAAAAAAAGUAAAGUAAAAAAAAAAAAAACCUACCUGAAAUUGUUAAGGUGCCCUCACCUAUGCUCAUCCUUUCCUUACCUCCAACUCGUGUUUACCGCCCGGUCCUGACGUGUCUGCUUUGAUUUAAAGGUGACGCAAUGCCCCAGAGUGGCCUGAACUAUGAGAGGAGAGAGCAUCCCCACUGGUGGAGAAGCAAGCGCCUGGUCAGCAAGGACAACACAAGCACAGGUCUGAUAAAUGGAAUGGGAGGUAUUCGAACCAGUGAGGCUGCAGACGCCUGUACAUGGCAUGGCCCCACACCUCCACGUGGACUUAAUGGUUAUAUUAAACACAACUACAAGAGCAAAGGCACAAAAGAAAAACCUUUAUCUGCCACUAAUGAAGUGGCCGCUGGGAGUGCGGGCGGCGCGUUGGAUGUCGGGGUAAACGGUGUUGCUCAUUCGUAUGAAUUUCAUCGAGUGGAACCAGAUCCCGGCUCUUUAACCUCGAAGCAUAACAGAAGAGGGAAAACCUUUAAACACCAGAAAAAGACAUGGAAGCAUGAAAUUCCUCCUGCCGGAUCUACUUCGCCAGUCAUGCAAUCGAAGGAGGAGGAAAACUGGGAAAAUGAGAUCCGAGAAGUCACUCUCCAUAAUUGGGAUGAGAUGUGUUUUGGAGUCAACCCUUAUGGUAACAGAGAAACAAUCAUUUUGGUCCUGAGGAUUUGAUCCACUUUUCUCUACGGGGGACAUCUUUCACACAAAGGGAUGGCUUGGAGAGGCCAACAACAAUGGACUACAAACCAAAAGUGCACCACCCGCACCCUGUCAAGUGGUUCUGCUACAACAUUCCCUCAGAGCCAGACCAGUUUGCAGACGCUGACAAGUGAAUCAGACAGACGUCUGCAGUUUUCUUAUGGAUGUCAAUCCUCUCACACCCAAACAGGGCUGGUUGCAUAUAGUUAUUCCACUCUAGUUAGUGGUUUUCUGGUUGAGUUAGUGUAUCAAGUAACUUGUUGGAGAUUAAGAGGCUAAUUCUGGAAUAUAGAAACUUCAGUUCAGGAAAGUUUGUUUCAAAGAUUAAUUUUGGAAUAUAGAUUUUAUAUUUUUUUUAUUUGCAAAAAAACUAAUGUAGAUUGAAUUCUGUUUUUAUUUGCAUUAAUUGUUUAUUAAAAAAAUCAAAUUUUAUUUGUACUUCCAUUUUUUUAAAUUGUUGCACUCUUCAAAGAGCUGUAGUAUUACAGAAUGGGUUAAAAUGCUUAUAACUAUAAAAAAAAUAGCUCAGUUGAUAAUUUGUUCAUUUCUAGUAUUGCAAAUAAAACAUCCAGUUUCAUUCAGUCAAAAAAUAAUGUUUUGAUUUUGCAAUAACAGCAUACAGUGAAGUUCAGAGAUAAUGUAUGGCUUGCUCUGUAACAGAAUUAUUUUAUUUAUCUUCAUGUUCACAACUGCAAUAAAUCAGCUACCGUU